AUGAUGUGGAAGUUAUCAUUGUGGUUGGCGUUCGCAUACGCUGCCACCACUUCAGCUCUGCCUUCUCCCCAACCUUCGGAGAAUCAUGGUGAUUCUUGUCCCGUCAACCACGACUCGUCACCCAAUUGGCAUGAGGGGCCUUUCAAAGAAAUCAUUCGUUUGAUUGAAGGGUGCCCCGAUGGCCGUCCUUUCUGUCGCGACCUCAUUCACAAGUCCUAUGACAUUAUCACCAAGACCAAGACGGUGACUCCAGUGCCAACUACCGUCAAGGUCACUGAAACUAUCACCGAUCAUCUUCGUCAAGUCACAAGGACCACCACACAGGACGUCACCUCGACACUUGUGAACUCUCCGUUGACCACCACUCUUUAUGCAACUUCGACUUUGACCCAGACCGUGCCCUUGACUAUCACGGAUGUAUCCACCUUUACCACUCUGGAUGUUUCCACCGUCUUCCUGACGUCGCCGGACUAUGAAACCAUCACAAGGCCGGUGACUAGCUUCAUCACGAACACGGCCACGCAGGUUAUCACUGAUGAUUCGACCACCACCCUCACUGAGUAUUUCACGGACACGUCUACUCAAACAUUCACCAAUACUAUCACAGACUAUGCGACAGUCUUCGUUACAUCAUUUAUCACAGACUAUGCGACCAACUACGUCACCAAUCUUUACACGGAUAUUCAAACCGAUACAAUCACAAACUAUCACACCGAGACCACCACUAUUUCCUUUACUGAUACCGCCACUGUAACGACCACUCAGACAAUCCCAUCUACUACCACUCAGGAACUGGACGUCACUACGACUGAUACUCAGUAUCUGACUACUAUCCAGACUGAUUUCAUUACCUCUACCAACACACUCUCUGCCACAGAGACCGACUAUACUACGGCCACAAUCACUUCCGUCCAAACUGACGGCAUAACCGUCACUACGAGCGUGGUGACCACUGUGGCUCCGGCCAAGAGGGACUCGAUCAAUGAGCUCAAUGGACGUGCUGCACUCCCCACUCCAUCCGCUUUGAGAGGCAUUCACGACACUCAUCUGUCCAGCGCAUGCUCUAUCCUCUGGACUGAGAAGUGGGUCUCAACGACGUAUACCACCACGACAGUCCCCAAGCCUACAGUUACUAAGACCAUCACCACUCACACAAUGGCCCCUGGCAUCAAUACUAUCUACGUGACCAAGCUUACGACCGAGUUUGUGACCAGCACGCCCAGUCUCUUCACUACAAUUUUGACAAACACCGUCACUACCGAUAUCACAAGCACUUUGACUAUUGAAGAAACAUCAACCGCCACGUCCUCGUCUACUACGACUGCCACCGAUAUUGACACAUUGUUUGUGACAUUGGAUAUUCCAACCACCGAGACCGACCUCGUCACUGCCACGUUGACGACCGACUUGACAUUCUCGACAACCUUGGAUAUUACAUCGCAAGAAACUGCCUCGGUGACAGAUAUCGUCACGGCAGACGAGACCAACACUGCAACGACUGAUCUCACAACGAUUCAAACCAACACGGAGACGAUUGAUAUCACAUCCAGCCAGACAGUCACCCAAACUGCGGAUAUUACUGCCACCGAAACGGCCUCUCUAACAACCACGGAGACGGCAACAACGACUAUUGAUAUUACUGAAGUUGCAACGAUAACCUCAACUUCUUUCUUUGGCGUCACCACCUCUGUCCCAGUCACGCUCCAAAGCACAGUUGUUAAUUCAGUCGAUAUCACCAACACUGAAUUUACUACUUCAACCAUCGAUAUAACGAUCACGAAUACAGUCUCAACGACCACAACUACCACAAUCUUUUCAACAGUCACCAGCUCCCCGACCUGCGGGGUGAACCGCGUCUCGAACCCCACCUUCGACGGCCCUUCUCUCCCUCCCUGGACAUGGACCGGCAUCGGUAGCGGAUUCUACAGAUAUGUCCCCGGGACAGGCAGCACCUACGCACUUGGUCUCUACACAAACACUGGCGGCUUAAGCCAAUCUUACAUCAAACAGUCGCUCGCCACUACCGCUGGGCAAACGUACACGGUCUCAUUCUCCUAUUUUGCAUUGAAUGGAAACGGCGCAACCUACUUGCAGUGCUCAUUCGACAACAGCGCUGGAACAUCAUACAAUAUCAAUUACAAUGGAAUCACAAGGGGCGUUUGGAAGACUUUCCAGAAUACUUUCGUGGCGAGCUCAUCAUCUACCAUGAUCACCUUGAAGCUGGUUACUUCGACUGUCGCGUCGGCUUAUCUUGAUCAGAUUUCGGUUGUCACACCGUGUUAA